CACCACCAACCUGCAUGCUCGCGACACCCUAGCCAUGGAGAACCGUCUGCUCAGAGUACGCGCCCUCUACACCAUCAACGGCGCGCCCCAGUACAUCCUCGCCCUCUCCCACAAGCCCGUCUCCGUCUCACUCAUUCCCUCUCAUCUCAUUCCUGGCGCCACUGCGCGUUCUUCCCCUGCCUUCUCCUCCGACGCGCCCAUAUUCGGCAGAGCUCCCCUCGUACCAUGCCUCCAGGCCAUCUGCCACUCCAGCCCAGAGCUUGCACCCGGUUCCGGCCGUGACUAUUCCGUUUAUGCCCUUGAUCCAAUCGAGUCCCAGGCCCGUGCUAAUGGAUCCGGACCAAUCCCCGUUAAUGUCGCUAUCGGCCUUGGACUCAUGUCAUGGUCUCUCCAAGCUGCAAAUAACGACAUGACCGUCAUCGGCACCUUCAUCAGCAACGGCUACAGAGAGGACUCGCUCGAGGUCAUUUUCUCCUUGAGAGAGGCGGCAUAUAUGCCUCUACUUCCUCCUCCUCGACGAAACCCAACCGCUGAUACUAACCUCAGGCCACUCAUGACCAUGAAGCCGCUACCCAUCCGGCGUUCUCGUCAGUCAGACGUCCCUUCAAAGCGGAGUAGGAGCAAAAAGCCACUUGCAGAACCAGAAUCUUCGUCUUUCGCCGAUUCCUCCACCGGAAGCGCCUUCAAGGAAAUUGGGUCGAUGAGGGGGGAAGACGAGUCCAGUUCCUUGUCUGGAUCAUGCAUAACUUUUCCUGCUGACGUCUUUGCCCCGAUACCUUCCUCCUCAUCGACUUCUACUACUGCAACUGAUACACAAGGCAUCUUGCAAACUCUCCUUCACGCGCUAGCGACGUCCCCAAGCAAGAACGCGCAACUCCUCUCGGCGCUCUCAACGAUUGACUCUCAGGACGCGUCCCAACAGUCCAAUGUCGCGCUCUUCGAAGCGCUGCAAAAGCUGCUCAGCAACGUAUCUACGUCUACUAAUACCACCGUCGCGCCAUCUGAUUUGACGAAUUCCUCGAGCCCAUAUCAUGCUUCAAGUAUCACAGGUCUUCCUCAAGCGCCUUUUUCUUUGCCGCCGACUCUCCCUGCUAGUCCUGACCUACCGACGCAAACGCUCCCCAACCUCUCCUCCGGCGGCACGUUCCCCCGGCUGGUUCCAACAUUGACUGCGCCAAGCUCGAGCAAAGCACACCCACAGGACGACGAUGAUGACAUCGUGAUCCUUGACAAGGAGAAUGUGAACCCCAGCGCCUUCCGCCGGCGAAACACCUUCUCAGGCAAGGGCAAGGACAGGGCGAUGCCUGCCGCCGUCACUGCAACAGCUGCAGGCCCACUCAACAAGUCGCUCACUGCACCGCACAGGCUGAUCUCCAAUUCCGCCCAUACUGACGCGGGCGCAAGCAGUUCGCGCAACGAGAUCCCCGCCCAACACUGCCUUGAGCACACCGUGCACCCGCCCAGAGUGUCUACGCUUGACUUUCGGCGUGGAACGCACGCAUUCGACACCGCGUCAGAGCCGGCGAGGCGGCCAUUGCGCAAGCGCACGCUGAGUGAGUUCAUGGAGGAGCGCGAUCGGGAACGCGAGGCAAGGGCGAGGCGCCGGAGGGGGCUCUCCACUGCUGGCGGGAAUGCGAAUACAGAUGUACACGCGCAGAGCGAACCGGCGGUGCCAGUGGCAGUCUCGGUGAGCUCGCCGGCAAAGGGAAAGGCGGUUGAUCGCGGCGAGCGCUUGAAGCGCAAGCGGUAUAUCGUACCGGAGUGGGCAAGGACCACGACGGCAACGCAGCCACGGCUCGCGGGGCGGCCCGCAGGUAGGAGGGACAGGGAGGAGAGCCCGAGCAAGAGAGCGAAGGAUACGAAGACUAAGCAGAAGACGAGGAAGGAGUUCGAGAAUGCUAAGGCACAAGAGCGGGCGCGCGGUCGGGAGCGGACGAGGACGGUCUUGUCUUCAUCUGAUGCCCUCACCAGCUCGGCGUCGUCAAUACCGGCUUGCGCGUCUUCUAUUACAUCCAGCACUGCAGGGUCUGCACCAGCAUCGGCGGUGUUUCGAGGGGAGAUUAAGACGCUUCCACGGCCCAUCGUAGCAGACAGCUCUGACGUCCCAGUCUUUUCGUCACCACCAGCCACACGUCCGCUUGCGACCUCAUCAAGUGCCGUUCCCGAACCGCCGUCAACACCAGUGCGGUCCCGGAACCGGUUAGCAGAGCCCUCCUCGAACAACACGGAUCUUUUCGGCUCGCCGCUGUUCACGCCGCGCAGGGCCCAGUCGUCCCCACGCACGCCAAGGUUGCCCGGUAUUUACGCCGGGCGCAAUUUGCGCUUCUCACCUAGCCGGCACUCGCGCGAAUCGACGCGCUCUGUGCGGUCGAGGAGGUUGCGCUCCCUAUCACCAGGCAUAAGACAUGAGGAGCUUGAGAACGUUGAGUCGCCGUCGAGUUCGCUGCCCGUGGCGAGCAGUGACGUGGAGGAUAGCGGUGAGUCGGAAUGGUAUGCGGGUGAGCAGGGCUGGUCUAGGACGUUGGCACUGUCGUCGCCGUUGCCGCCGUCGAGCCCGAUACUGUCGCCGGAGGACGACUGGGUAGCGGAGCACGAAGAGAUCGAUGCUGAUCCUGAGGCGCCGACGGAUGCAGACGCUGAUGUGUUGGUUAACACCGUGGUGGGGGAUAUGUCGGAGGAAAACAAGGUUGACGAAGAAGGCUCUGCGUUGCCUUCCACCGUCCCAUCCGUGCCCCAGAGCCCAUCUACGUCAGUUCCACAGAGCUUCGACUCUACGCCAGACCCGAAUCAAGACGCCAUCCCGCCGGACUUUGCUCUAGGCGUGUCGAAUGCGCUCUUCCCAACAGCCGACAACGGAGACAACGGCGAUUUCGACUUCAACGCGAUGUUCGCAGACAUGUCCGGCCUGGAUCCUGCGAUAGCGGCGACGUCCGAUUUCUCGGUGACCUCGAUGCCUGAGUUCGACUUUUCGACGUUCACAUCUUCGACCGACUUUGACCGUCUAUACAUGCCCGACUCCGAUGCCUUCCUUGACCAGUCCGCGCCGUUCGUCGCAACCACAAAUGCAGACGCGAUGGCAGACGAAGUGGACGCGGUGUUCGGCGACCUUGCGGCGCACGACGGCCUGGACUUUACGCAGUUCUGGGAGUCGAUGAAGCCCCUCGUUGGCGAGAGUAUGGGUGUGGCGGAAGCAGGGGAAGAGGAAGAGAAGGAUGCUACGAACGCGGGAGAUGCGUCUGCGGCUGCGGUGACGGUUGACUCGGCGAAGCUUGCGGACAGUAUGCAGUCUCUAUUGAGCGGGUGCGUCAUGUAGAUAGUGGGAUGUACCGAUUGGGACGAUUGUCAGUGUCAUCUCAAAGCGAAUAUAAUUAAUCCAGUGCUCUUCCGUGC